AUGAAAAACAAAAAGCGCAAGCAAGAGCGCCAAGCGCGUUUAGAACGGGACGACUUUGAGAAUCGAAUCCGGGAGGAACAGACGAAGCAUCGCCACAUCGACCGGACGAAAGUCUUGCUCGGCUCCGGCGGGGACGUCGCCUCGGAUUCCGAGGACGAGUUCGACGAGGCGUACCAAGGUCAGUUUGGCGAGGUUUUGGAAAAAGAGGCGCUGUUUAAACCAGAGAAGAGUAAACAACAUAAAGAACCGGAACAUACAGGCAUCAAUAGGAAAGAAAAAACGCUCGUACUGACAAGUCGAGGGGUUGUCGCUCGGUUUCGCCACUUGAUGCAAGAUUUACUCUGUUUACUCCCGAACGCGAAGAAAGACGCGAAGAUUGAUUCGAAGAACGAUAAAAGAGCGGUGGUGGAGUGCGCGGAGUUGAGAGGGUGUAACAACGCGAUAUUCUUUGAAUCGAGGAAACGGCAAGAUUCCUACGCCUGGUUCGCGAAGACGCCCGAGGGACCGUCGAUAAAAUUCCACGUGGAGAACAUUCACACGAUGGCGGAGUUGAAGUUAACCGGGAACCAUUUGAAGUUUUCUCGACCGAGUUUACACUUCGAUCCGAAAUUCGACGACGAAAUGCACACGCGCGUGAUUAAAGAGAUUUUAGUCCACUGCUUCGCGACGCCGUGGAAACACCACGCGAUGAAACCGUUCUACGACCACCAGAUGUCUUUUUAUUGGGAAGACGGAAGAGUGUGGUUUCGAAACUACCAAAUCGUCCAUCCGGAAGGGAAAGAAGUGCGAGCGAACUUCUCCUCCAUCGAAAACGGCGUCUCCUCCGGUGGACUCUCCUUAACCGAAGUCGGCCCGCGCUUUUGCCUCCACCCGAUCAAAAUCUUCCAAGGCGCGUUCACCGGGAAAGUCUUAUACGAGGACGAACUCUUCGUCAACCCGAACGUGCGACGCGCGGACGCGAAGAAAAAAGAUAGCGACGUCUACGCCAGAAAAGUCGCGAAAAAACAAAAAAGGAAAGCGCACGUCGCGAUGAAUCAGUUGAAAAGAAGAGAGGAUGAUUUAGAUGGGUUUUUUAGAGACGACGACGCUUUUUAA